CUUUACAGUUAGUGACCUUGGAGUUGGAAUGAUACACACGGGAAGCCAUAUCCACAUAUCUCAAGUGACCUGCGGCAAAAAUCUCGCCAGUGGUGUAGUAAAUACUGAGAGCCUAGGUGAGCAAGCGUUGCACCCUAACUUUGUUGCCAUUGCCAAGAACACUGAGCCUACCCGUACCAGACUAUUUGUAAUACCGUUAAGGUUGGACCCCUUGGCGGGGCUUCGUACGUCACAGAACGUUGGUAUUUAUUGAAAACCUCGAGUACAUCCAUCCAUGAUAUGUCUGGUGUUUUCGAGAUUACCCCCGAGUUCAUUUAUGAUGUAUCUUUGCAACGGGCAGCCACAGCAGCCGGGUAUACGCUGCUGGUGUAUGACUACUUCCUGACCCUUAGUGACGAGGUUGAAUGCAUAUGGCAUGCACCCUGGACACCAGUCAAGUUCGUUUAUUUGGCGAACCGCUAUAUUGUACUCUUGGGGCAAACCGUUAUUUGCAUCCAGGCAACUGGCAUCAUGGCAGCUGUCGCUGGCGGCUGCGAUGGUUACGCAAUAUUCCUUACGAUAUAUAAUAUGCUCGCUCUCGAGACUGUGCACGUCCUAGUUGUUUUACGCGCGAGGGCUAUCUGGGAAGGGGAUCGGCGUGUCUUGCAGUCCGUCGUAAUGGCAUAUAUUGUGGCUCUCGCAUCCAUCGUCGCAGCGGUUGCCCAAAAGGAACAUUUCGAUUUCUCAAACUGUAAGUAAUCGGCCGUUGUUUGUAGAUCGGCAACCGAGGCACGCUGUUGCACAGUUGACCCCUCUGUCACGACUGUGUGUUACCAACCCGUACCAGGUAAACAUCAUAUAGGACGUCUGUGAUUGUGCU